AUGUGGCCGACGUGGGUGUUGAACGAAAAAAAUCGAAAGCUUCAGCAGCGCAUCGACCGUAUCACGGAUGACCUGCAGAGCAAGGCCGUGGAGGUGGAGUUGGAGCGGGAGGCCGUCACCCUGCUGCGGCGGAACCUGACGCAGGUGCAGCAACACGUUCACUCAAGCACGAUGGCUGCCACGAAGGACCAGCAGCGCUUGCAGAGGGACGACGACGCGCUGCAGGCGCUGCGGCGGGAGGCGUCCCACAGUCGUGCGGAGCUCCACGCGUUACAGAGCCGCCAUAAGGAGGUGCAUGCGUUGCUGCAAGGCCUUUCACACGCGGUGCGGACCAAAGCGGAGGCCCUUGGGAAGGAGCAGGAGGCAUCGGCGGCGCUGGAGCAGGCGGCACUGGAGAUCUCCGCCGCCACCGUGUCUUACAAGAACGCGCACGAGGUGCAGCGGGACGUGGAACGGCGGCGCCAUCGCCUGGAGAAGGUGCGAGCGUCGCUGGCGGGCGCCCACAACGCUCUUCGUGUGUCACAGGUCGCGCUGCAACGGGAGGUGGAGGAGUUUGUGCAAGUGCAGCGUGAGCUGGAGGCCCUGCAACUGAAUAUUCUUCGGGGGAAGCGCGAGAGAACGGAGUCGUGGCUGGCGGUGUCGCAUGUGCAGGAGGCGAUUGAGGCGUGUGAGACGCAAACGGCCGCAAACGCAGAGACGUACGCCAGCGGGGCAAGAGCUGUAGAGGCGUAUCGGGCAUUUCUUCAGCAGCUGCAGAGGCAGCACCAGGAGCAGCUGGCGCGGCGGCAGGCGCUCUCUGGAAGCGUUGAGGGCCAUCGAAGAAACCAGCACGCUCUCCUCGCGCGUCUACACGCCUUCACGAGCGCGGCACAAGAACAGGAGAACGCAGUAGCGGCGAUGCAGCGGCAGGUCGCGGCUCAGCGAGACGUGAAGCGGCAUGCGACACUUUCGCACCGCAACACCCUUGCGCUUCGUGACGCGCGACAUGCGCAGCUGCAGCAGCUGCAGUUGCGCUUGCGGGAGCUUGCGGGCCUUGCGAUGGAGGUACGCGAGGGUGAAGGUGUUCAGUCGACACGUUCCCUGGAGAAUACCCGCGCCUCACUGCAGCGGGGCCUCCGGCAGCUCGAGGGUCAAGUUGAACGAAUUCAGGCGGCGACGUUGGCGUGUUUCUCCGAACUCCAGCAGGAGGGUCGCCUCGCCGAGGGGGUAAGUGACAGCGUGAUGAAGGCGAAGGCGGCACUGACCGCCGCGGAUCGUGACUAUGCGGCACAGCUGCAGUCCCAUGAAAGAUGCCAAACCCACCUCGGCGAGUUGGAGGCGCAGUUGUCGUCCAUGCAGCAGAGUUUGGGGCAGACACGCGAGCUGAUGCGGGAGCAGCGGCAGCACGAACAAACCGUCCUGAAUGGUGUUGUGCAGGAGCUGCGGAGUGAGCUUCAUCGCGUGACGCAGCGCGGACUUACGCUGCGGCGCGACCUCACACCGCUGCAGUGUGCCCUAAACGCCCAUAGCAGGCUUGCAGACGACACAAAGGCGAAACUUUCGGCGCUCACGGAAGCACUGCAGCAACGAAGAGCGGAGCUUCACGGACUGGUGUCGGAUGCUGCGCAGCUGGUGAGGGAGAAGGAAACAGCCCUUCUGCACCACUCGAGAGCGACGCUGGAGUUGCGAUCCGUGCGCCGUGCCGCGGAAUCGAACGUGGAACUGAUGCGUGAGUCUGCGAGUUUUGAAGAUGUUCUUCGUGGACAGGCGCUGGUGCUGGAGGAAACUGUGCUUGCGGACAUCAAGAACACCGUGGUGGAGUUACAUCUCGACCAAAAGGCACAGGCGGAGAAGCAGGCUGAACUUCGGGGACGCCAGGAACAAGUUCGCCAGCUGAAGCGCCGCUACCAAAGCCUGGUGGAGAUGCUGAACCAAAGGCUCGUUGCGGCACGUAGGGUGGGCGAGGAGGAACUGCAGCACGAGACAUCUACCACCUCUUCUCCUGAGACCAUACAUGCUCGCUGCAUUCUGCAGGCGUCGUUGGAUCGGGAGCGGUUACGGGAGCGGGGGAACCUCCUCGACGGGCGCAUCGUCUUCCUCGAGCACGAAACAAAAACACUGCGAAAAAUGCUUUCCGCCAUGCGGGCGGGCUGGGACAGGGAAGAGGGGAAGCAGCGCUGCCUUUCAGGGCCCACCGAACGGCCCAACGCUGAAGUGGAGCUGCUGCAGCUGCGCGAAGGGGUGACGGAGGGCCGUCGCAACGUGGAGCGAGAGCUACAAUGCGUGACGGAGGUGCUGCGGAACCUGCAGACCCGCAAGCGGGAUCUCAGUCAGCGCCGCAAAGAUGUUAUCAGACGACUGAGCGAGCUGAAGGCCCUCAAGGCUAGACGCGAGUGUGUGUUGAGGCGGCUAACGGCGCAAGUAAAGCGCUCACAGCAGAAGUUGAGGCCGCGAUAG